AUCACGGAUGCUUAUAGAAGCGUUGCGUAACGGGCGUUAGACGCGGUGGCAGCGCGGCGACGGCAGCAUCGACUCCAUCACAUCGCGGGUGUUCUCUUCGCGUCUUCGGGACGUGCGGCCCGCGUAUACGCAUGCACGGGUGCGUUUAGAAAGUCGGAGCUCGUAAGGCCCGAUAAACGAGGCAACGACGAUGGAACACGUGGUGAAGGCGCGCUGCUGACGAGCAACGAACCAACGGACGAACGGACGAAGCGCGAUCGAGGCCUAGCCACCAGGAUCGAUCGAGCAACGACAUGCAACAGCCUCAGGGCCAGCAAAGCCAGCAAGCCCCUGGUGCCCCCAACGGGAUAGCUGGUGGUGUACAGGUGUCCCAGCCCGGUGGGAUCAGUCCUGCUCAGCCAGGGGCGACCGGUACCACCACGUCAAAUCGUGCCCAGGUCAAUGGAGGCAGAUUUGACUUUGACGACGGUGGGACUUAUUGCGGAGGAUGGGAGGAUGGCAAGGCUCACGGUCACGGAGUCUGCACUGGACCCAAAGGGCAGGGCGCCUAUUCCGGUAGCUGGCACUAUGGCUUCGAAGUGUCUGGCGUCUAUACCUGGCCCAGUGGAUCAGCGUACGAAGGACAAUGGCAAAAUGGCAAACGUCACGGUCUCGGUAUGGAGACUCGUGGUCGUUGGCUCUACAGGGGCGAAUGGACUCAGGGAUAUAAGGGUCGUUACGGGGUGCGACAAUCAACGACGUCUACGGCGAGGUACGAGGGUACGUGGGCCAGUGGACUUCAGGAUGGAUACGGUUCGGAGACCUACGCCGAUAGCGGUACCUAUCAGGGACAAUGGUUGAGAGGGAUGCGACACGGUUAUGGUGUAAGGGCGAGUGCACCCUUUGGCCUUGCUUCUCAUUAUAAACCACCGAAGCAGGUCAGGGCGUCGUUGACGUCCCUCCGGAGUGCUGAUGGUGGUCCUGUUACUGCACCAACACCUGAACCAACGGACCGUAGAGAUCGGAGGGUUGACGAUAGUCGGGGUGGUUUUGUUCUCAAGGCACGGAGCGAUGAUCAGCCAGCACGAAGAAAGAGCCUUACGGAGAAGUCCUUGAAGAAGGGUAUACUCUCGGGUUUGAAGAUACGCAAGCAGAAGAGUACCAGUGAUCUUGAGAAACGUGGAACAGGUGGUAGUAUUAGAAGCAAUGCCAGCUCGGCGUCCUGGAUGUCCACCGAGAGUUCACAGAGUCAAGCAUCCGCGUCGGUUCAUACGGACAGCAAUGCGUCUUUCGUUAUCGAGGACGAGCAAAUGGACGCUUCGGUUACGGAAACCUACCUGGGGGAAUGGAAGAACGAUAAGAGAACCGGUUUUGGUAUAUCAGAGAGGAGCGAUGGUCUGCGAUACGAGGGCGAGUGGUUUAACAACAGGAAAUACGGUUACGGCGUGACCACCUUCAGGGAUGGUAGCAAGGAAGAGGGCAAGUACAAGAACAACGUGCUGAUAACGAGCCAGAAGAAGAAACACUUGUUCCUGAUACGCUCGGCGAAGUUCAGGGAAAGGAUAGAGGCCGCUGUGAGCGCUGCUCAAAGAGCCAGCAAGAUUGCCCUGCAGAAGGCGGACAUAGCCAUUUCUAGAACCGCCACGGCAAGAGGAAAGGCUGAACUGGCUGACAUAGCAGCUCAAAAUGCUAGGGAUGAUUCCGAGGUUGCUCAGCAGACUGCCAAGCAAUUCGCGCCCGAUUUUCGGCAGCCGGGCCUGGAGCGGUUGCGAAAUCGUGAAAUUCCAAAGUACGUUCCACCGCCCCAGGACGCAAUGCCUGGGAAGGGUAUAUUGCACAAGACGGCCAGUGUCGAUCAGGCAUCACCACCUGCUAAACCACCUACCACCGAGCCACCAGGAAGUGUACCGAACAGCAGUCCCAGCAACGUGGCGUCAUCUAUAGCACAAUCUAUUCGUAGGGCCAGUAUGAAACCGGCGCAGAAUCAAUUGCUGGGACAGAAUACGACGUCGAAUCAGAUUCAAAAUCAGAUGCCUAAUCAGACGCAGCUUCUCAAUCAGACAUCCAGUCAGAGUCAGAUGCCAAUGCAGAAUUCUAUACCAAAUCAGAAUCAAUAUCAGCCGAGUCAGAAUCAGUACACUCAGCAGACACAUCAGCUGCCCCAGACGCAGAAUCCUUAUUCAAAUAGUAUACCUGGUCAGUAUCAGCCUCCUGGACAACAUUAUGGACAAGAUCAGUUCGGUCAGUCGCCACAGAAUCAGUAUCCGUCUGGACCAAAUCAGUAUGUCAAUCAGAACAGUCAAUAUGGCACGAAUCCUUAUCAGAAUCCUAGUCAACAGUCUGAGCAGUAUACUGGCUACCAGCAGACACCUCAGGGAUAUCAAAAUCAGUUUCAGCAAGGAUAUCCGAAUCAACAGAUAUUGUAUCCACUACCUCCAGUAAUGUAUGGUCCAAUGACCUUGGCCCAAAUGAAUCAAUUUGGAGCACAGCUUUAUGGUACGACGGUACCAAAUCAAUAUGGACCUGGUCAGAUGAAUCAGUACAACCCACAGCAAAUUUAUGGGCAACAGCAACCUAAUCAGCAGUACCAACCUGAUGGUCCAAUCGAUCCGCAGAGACCACCGAGUUCUACCAGUAUACGAAGAAACAGCAGAAUUCUCAGUCCUCAGGAUAGACCUGCUACCGGCGGGAUAAGUCAAACUCUGAAUGACAGGUUGGACCAUUACAAAAGACCUCCAAGUAGAGAUAAUUCCGUGGAUCGUUACGCCAGGGCGCAUUCACGAUUAACGGGAUCUAGACAGCCGUCCGUUGACAAGACUAUACUACCACCUCAAGAAAGCAUUGACAGGUCGGUCCGGGCGCCGAGCAUGAUGCGAGCAGCGACCCCUCUGAAUGGCUCGGCGAUAGGUAGCGGCGCCGCGACGCCUGUGUACACAGUCCCGACGUCUGGACAAUUCGAAGGAGCUCUACUGAAGAAUCGUAACCUCGGCCAGGAUAUUCUGCCGAGUCCUGGUCAGCCAAAGCGCACCGAGAGUCUCUGCAUAGCUUCGCCUAGAGGUUCUGUCGCAACUGGUGGCGGAGGAGGCGGAGGAGGCGGCGGACCAAAGGAAGCGAGCCGGACGGUCCCCGCCUUCGCCGCAACAGCAAAAGGCCGCGCAACUCUAUGAGUAUAAGUAUCAUAAUAUGCACGAUCGUUUCCAAUAGAGCGAAGCGAGUUGCAUGGGAAUGAGAGAGAGAGAGAGAGAGAGAGAGAGAGAGAGAGAAAAGUAUAAUGUAAAAAAAAAGGAGAAGGUACUUUAGAAAAAAAAAAAAAAAAAAUUUCUAGAGAAAAUAAAAAAAAUCCAGAUCCAUGGGACUGAAACGAGUUUCGAUAAGUCAAGGAUUCUCAUAGAGUUUCCUUGGCGACCAACGCGCCUUGGCGGUUCGUCCUUGUCGCGACGACCGUAGAGAAAAUUGAGAGGAAAAAAGUGCGGGAAAUUUGAAACUAACAUUUUUAUUCUCAAAACGAAGGAUAACUUCCUUAAACGUAUACCUCGUGUCUCGCUGACUCUUCAUGAUCGUCCUUAAUGUUACGAGAUUUCUUAUUGAAAGUUGCGAAAUUGAAAAGCUGACAGGUGGUAGUGGCGGUAAUAAUUUUGAGAAUAAGAGUGAUGCAUAAUGUACCUAGCGUCGCGACGCCUAUAGGAUUCAAUGAUUAAUCACCCGAUCGCCAGUGGGAGAGCGAAGUCGAAUUUGAAAAAUUUUACUGAUACGAAUAAAGGAGAAAGAUUUAUUUUUGUAACGAGAGCAGAAAAAAGGAUAAAAUAAAAAAGAACGGCAAAGAGACGCGCGUUUAAUGGUCUUCUUUAAUAAUUAGACGCCGGGCGUCGCGACGCUUCCUAAAUAUAGUGCUUCGUGCAGAUACUGAUAUAAUUGCUACCGCGACGACAGGCCUCCGAGUUGUCCUGUCAAUGUCCAAAACGUGUCCCGUACUAUGGACAAGUAGCGAAAAUGCAUUGUAAAGGUCGCAUCGAGUAUGACGAAAACAUAAGGUAUAAUAAUAAUAUGAAAGGCAAAAAGGGUGUAAAGUAGGUGCAAUAUAUAUAUAUAUAUAAUUAUGGAAAAUUAUUCAACACUUAAAACUUUCUCUUACUGCUAGACAAAGUGAAUAUUCAGAUACUCCCUUUCAUUCAAACUCCGUUUGAAGACCACUCAAAGAGAACAAUAAAGAUAAAUCGCAGAGUUCCUUCACUGGCAAAGCAACAUAUGCCCUCCGAAUUAAUGUUUCUCUUAGCGAAGAGAGAAAGAAAAAAAAGGGAAGAUAGGAAAAAAAUUUAUUAGUUGACUAAUACCGCGUGGCGUGCGAAAGCAUCUUGUGGGAGUUAAUUAAUGAGCGCAUGAGAUUACUAUGACUUAAUGGACUUAAUGUAAUUAUUAAUAAGGACAAAAAUACCUGAUAACAGAUACGCACGCACAAAAGAUAAGGGAGACGUGUAUAUAUAAUAUAUAUUUAUAUUAUAUAUAUGUAUAUAUAUAUAUUAUGUGUACAUAAGAAGAAAUUGUAAGGAACGUCUUAUUGUUCAUUGUUUAAAUUGAAACUAGGGACUUCUUUUUUUCCUAAGACUCAAUUAUUGUUCGGCGAUUCGCUAUACGGAUGCCGAAAGGUAAGGUUGUGCGGGCUGUGUGGAGGCGGGGACCAUUUUUAAUAUUUAAAAGAAAUCUUUUUUCAAUCUCGUUUACUAUAGUUUAAUCUGUCGUUAUCCCAUCCACUCUAAUGCAUCUCUGUCCUAAAUCUUUUUAUGGCAAUUUUAAUCUUCUUUUAGAAUUUCAUAUUACUUACUUCUUUUUAUUCUUACUUGCACUAACAUACUCGGUAUGUUACAUUAAGCGCGUUUCGUUACACGUUAUUAUUCAGUAUAUUUAGAUUUUUGUAGAUAUAUACACAUUGGAUGCUGAGCAUUAUCCGUGAAGUUAGCUACCAAGAGAAUUUUAAUAAUGCAAAAGGCUUUUGGCGCGCUUUUCAAAUGUCUCUUAUCCGCACCUCCACAUCGCCUUGUUCUUUUCGUCCCUUGUAUUUCGUCAAAGACAUUAUUUUUCUAACGCAUGCUUACGCCUACCAUAUUUAAUACUGUGUGUGAUAGAACUGAUUCCAGUAUGGUUGAGGGCUAUUAAACAAAAAAGUAAUAUCUUCUAGAGAUAAUUAAAGAUUAAAAAUCGAAUUGACGAAUCGAAUCGAUCGGUUUGAAUUACUAAUAAGCGUACGAAUGUAUCCUGGAAAUUUGGAAAGUGCUCUUCGAGGAAUGGAUUAACUGCGACAUACUUUUUGAGGGGUUUGAUCUCAGAAUUUUUCAUCACGCUGUACAUACUCGUUACGUACGAUUUUAAUUACCUGAGAGGCCUCGAUAUAUCUCAAGUGCCAAUUUAAAAAAGGGAGGAUAAAACCAUAGAGAAAAAAAAGUUUAAGCAAAAGAAGUGUCUUUUUCAUGCAAUUCUGAAACAUAUUAUUCUCCGCGUGACGUUACCUUACGUGUAGCGAACUUGCGCGCGCACUCUGUCGGCUACCUAACGAACUAACAGUACAUAAAAUUUCAGUGAAGCAACAACGGGCUGCCUUCGUAUUACGAUUUUAUUGCUUAUGUAAUGUUCGUCUAUUAGCAGAGCAGAUCUCCUCUAUUUAUAUACACCUAAUAUAAAUACGUACAUAAGGAAUGAGUGAUACGAGAGUCGAUAAACAUUCUCUAGAGAUUAGAUAGUCCUUUAACGGAUUUAUGUGUUUGGGAAGCACCAGUGUCGUCGUCUGUAACGGUUCAGACGUUUUCAGGAUUCCCGAAAAGAAUCUCCUGCUCUGGAUGCACAUUGGAAUUUGGAUAAUUGUGUGUAAAUAGAAAGAAGAGGAAUAAUGAGACAAGAUGACGGUGUCGUUCGAUAUCUUAUUACGGUUAUACGGAGAUUAUUUAUCGUGGGGCCUAUCCCUUGUACCUGAAUUCAGACAGGCGACAAUACGGCGAAACGGGAAAUGAACGGAGGGAACGAAAUUGUCGAAUUUUACGUAAGAAAACAAAAAAAAAGAAAGAUACGUAAUUAUUUUUACUGAGACAUGUCGAUUUUAUAUACAGAUCAAUGAAAAGGGAAAAUUAUACUGAUAGAAAUGACAGUUACGGAUUUUUAAAUUUUUCCAUGAGCCUUUCAGUCUUUCAAUGCAUCUAUUAUACACGUGCACGUACAAACUUAACCUCCGUAUACGAUUUUAAGAGUUAUCGUAUAUUUAUGAAUACUUUAAACAAGCUAGUUAACAAAUGGCUUUGUUGUACAAACGGACGGCAUUAAUGUAACGAUAUACAAUUCAAGCAAAUUGUCCUCCAGGUUACAUUCGUACGGCACUAAAGUAAGGUAAAAUUGUACAUUAAAAUGAUGUAAUGACAUUUUAAAGUCUGUGUCCAUUGUUGUAUUUUAUGUAUACGUUGUAACGUAAUUGCAGUAGAGAUUAACUAGUGCCAUGUAAGUAAUACACGGAUAAUAUUUACUGUUGGCUAAUCCGUGAGUGAUAGAAAAAAAAUAAAGAAAUGUUAAACGCGUAACUUGACUAUUAACGUUCACGUAAAGUUACUAGCAUGAAUUUUUGGUCAAAGGAAAAAUAUACAUGUCCUGUUUGUAACAGACUUUGUUUGAAGUAGAUCUUAUAGCCGGAUACAUAAGAAACGAAUAAUAUUUUCCACGCAGGAGUCUAAGUUUAUGAAUCCGAGUAGGAAUUCCUGAGAUCGUACGAAUUUCACUAUCGUUUAAUAAGACCUUGAAAUUCUGCCAGAAAAUUGGCAGACAAGAGCACCAGCAGCCGGCUGACUAUGAUUUCUUGAGAGAUGAAUGUGUAUAUGUACAUACAGUAGGUCUGUACAGAAUUUUGCGGGAAGGUGAGGACCCACGUGAUAUUUUUAAACUGUUAAACUCUAUAUUUAUUAUACAAAAAAAAACAGUACAAGGCUCGAAUAAUUUCUUUACUCGUGAUAAACGAAAAUAAAAAUUUCGACAUAGAAUAAUAGGUAGCAAUCAUAAGAAGCGCUUGGUAUUGAGUUACUUUUUUUUUGAUAAUCUCUCCAAAUUCGAUAUAUAGGUAUUGCCUUGAAUAUAUUUGAAUUUCGUACUAAGCUUGAGAACUAAAAGUCAUCUUGGUGACUCAUUCGCUCCAAGUUGCGCCAAGUCUAGCUAGAUUUUAUUGAAGUAACCAAAAUCAGCCUUAUAUUUUGAAAAAUCGUCACCCACCUCAGUACGAGCUACUCAAAAGUAUAGUUUACACGAAAUUAUUGAAUGUAAUAAAAAACCUUUUUUUUUAUAGUUUCCAAAAAUAUUCCGAAAUGAAUCUCGCAGUUGAAAUCCCGAGAAAAAAAA